AUGGUAGGUAGUAUGAUCGCCAGGUCAGGUUUACGGCUGCGCCUUCUCGCGGUGUUUUCCUGUCUUGCGUUCUGCGCCCUCGUCUACCAAUUUCUCAAUUUACAGAGCACCUCGAUUAUCUCAGAGCAGACCUUCUUUGUGCAAAAACGAUACCGAGCACGCCGUGGUCGCCAUCCUCCCCCAGGGUUUGCGGAAUGGUUUGAAUUUGCCAAAUCGAAAAACGCACUAGUCCUCGAGGAGUUUUUCGACCAAAUCUAUCAUGAUCUCACUCCAUUCUGGGCCUUGGAUCCACAAGAGUUGCGACGACAAGCUCGAAGUAUUUCCACUCGCAUUGUGGUCCGCGGGCAUGUCGCAAAGAUGGUAACCGAUCAGCCACGCAGCUGGAUGGAUUCUUGGAUGGAGUUGGUCCAAACAUUGGAGACUCGACUUCCCGAUAUCGAUAUGCCAAUCAAUGUCAUGGAUGAGAGCCGGGUUAUUGUCCCCUUCGAGACAAUAAGCGAGUACGUGGAAAAGGAACGAUCAACCCGUCACAUCACAAACCCGAAAAGUGCUGUGUCCGAAUACAUGACUCUUCCUGACUCGGAUGAGGAAGAGACACCACCGUUCGAUCCUGGAUUUUCAAGGCCCGGAGAAGGAGGAUAUUGGGAGAUGGCUCGUGCUGGCUGUCCUCCAAGAAGUCCUGCGCGGAACAGCCACGUCGAGCACAUCAACUUCAGUAGUGUUCCCUGGGAAUUUGAAAAUUUCGACAGAAUGUCCUACCAUGGAUAUGUGAUGAAUUACACCCUUGCUAAGGACCCCUGUGUGCGCCCAGAGCUUCAAGCUUUGCACGGAACCUUCCUGGAGCCAAUCUCCGUAUCCACCUCCCAGAAGCUGCUCCCACUUUUUGGAGGAUCAAAACUUCCUGUCAACAAUGAAAUUCUUCUACCCCCAGCAAUGUACUGGGCAAAAAUUGAGCAUUAUUCCGGCGGGGAAGACUAUCACGGCGGUUCCUGGGGAUCAAAGCAAGAUACAGUGGUGUGGCGUGGUUCUGCGACUGGAGGCCGGGCUCGGGAAUCCAAUUGGUCGGGAUUCCAGAGACACCGAUUUAUGUCCAUGAUGAACGCCACAUCAGUCCGACAGGCCGAGGAGACCGAUGGCUCCGGUAUCAACUUCAAGCUCCCAGACUAUGACAAGUACUCUCUGGCCAAGGGAAUCGUCCCUGAUAUUCUUGAGGAGCACAGUGACACGGGUUUUGUGCACCUGGUCUGCUUUCCGUAUAUCGAAGCUGACCCGAAAUGCUCUUACACCGAUCCAUACUACGAAAUUAUGCCGGGACUUUCGAUGAAAGACAUGUACAAAUCCAAGUAUUUGCCUGAUCUUGAUGGAAAUUCUUUCAGUGGUCGUUUCCGAGGCUUUAUGCUAUCUACCUCUCUGCCAAUCAAAGCAACCAUCUACAAUGAGUGGCAUGACUCGCGGUUGAUCCCUUGGGUACAUUUUGUCCCUAUGGAUACCACUUACCUGGAUAUCUACGGAAUCAUGGCGUACUUCCUUGGUGGUCAUGAUGAUGUGGCGCGCAAGAUUGCUCUUGCUGGAAAAGCGUGGAGUGAGAAGGUCCUCCGAAGAGAAGACAUGCAGAUCUACACCUACCGACUACUGUUGGAAUACGCUCGAAUUUGCGAUGAUCGGAGGGAAUGGCUUGGGUUUGUCGAUGAUAUACGAUCCUCUUGA